AUGGUCGUAUUUGUCAAGGAUAAAAGGCUGGAGCUUCCCAUGCACCAUGAUUCAAAGCAAAAGGGUAAUCAUUUCCGUCCAAAGAGUGGAUUUGGUUUAUUUUUUGCCAAAAUUAAUGGGUUAAGAUAUGCAAAGAGCAGGAUUGUAUUUCUAUUUGCACUUGUCCUGGUAAGUACAUUCUUACUGCUGUCGAAGCUAGUUGGAGGAAAUGUCAACUUAAUGCAGUAUAUCCCUACUUCUCUAGACGAACAAGAAUAUUACGAUUAUGAUUUCAAAGGGUUGGACAUUGAUACUAUAAAGAAAUAUGAUGAAGGUGUAUCCCACUAUAUAAUAUCGAAAGGUGGUAUGGAAGCACUUUCUUCAGAAGAUAAGGAGGCCUUUGAGAGGGAAGCAGAUAUGCUAUUAGCGUCUACCACCGACCUCUAUGAUUUGAGUCAGUAUAACGGUGCGAGCAAUGGGGCUGCGAAUAGAGAUCACGUCUUGUUAUGCGUUCCGUUAAGAGAUGCAGCGUCAUUAUUGCCGAUGUUGUUCAAAAACUUGAUGAACUUGACUUAUCCACAUGAAUUGAUAGAUAUUGCAUUUUUGGUUAGUGACUGUACUGAUAAUGGUCGUACUAUGAGCUCACUACUCGAUUUCUCAAAGGAAUUACAAAAUGGUACUUUGUCAAAGACUUUGCAGGAUUUCGAGGCUGAUAAGGAUAAGGGAAACUCAGCAGAGCAAUUGUAUUUAAAGUAUAUGGGAAAAGACUACUUGAAAAUGGUGAAAAACGCCUUCAAUCCUCCUUUCCAUGACGAUUACGAUAAGCCUUUCCGCUCCAUCCAAAUCUUUGAGAAGGAUUUCGGUCAACAGAUAGGCCAAGGGUUCAGCGAUAGACAUGCAGUAAAAGUGCAAGGUGUCAGAAGGAAACUUAUGGGCCGUGCUAGAAACUGGUUAACUGCAAAUGCCUUGAAACCAUAUCAUUCGUGGGUUUAUUGGAGAGACGUCGAUGUUGAGCUCUGUCCUGGUACUGUGAUCGAAGAUUUAAUGAAGCAUGAUUACGACGUGAUCGUACCAAACGUUUGGAGACCCCUACCAACUUUCCUCGGUGGUGCACAGGCAUACGACUUGAAUUCAUGGGUCGAAUCCAAUGAGGCAAUAAAAUUGGCUAAGACUUUAGAUGAAGACGACGUUAUUGUGGAAGGGUAUGCGGAGUAUCCAACUUGGAGAGUUCAUUUAGGUUACCUCAGAAAAGACAAUGGUAAUCCUGAUGAUCUUCUUGAUUUGGAUGGUGUUGGUGGUGUUUCAAUUUUGGCAAGAGCUCAACUAUUCCGUAAAGGGAUACAUUUCCCUGCUUUUACGUUCGAGAACCAUGCGGAGACAGAGGCUUUUGGUAAGAUGGCGAAGAAAAUGGGAUUCAAGGUCGGUGGGUUGAUGCACUAUACACUAUGGCACAUUUAUGAACCAAGUGAUGAUGACCUGAGAGAAAUUGCUAAACUUGAAAGGGAAAGCAGGCGAAACCAACGCUGA